CUGAGCGAAAUAAAGUUCCGUGUUCCGAUAAUUGCGGUUGCACGUUGCUCAGUGAUCUACAGCAGUACAACAAUGGGCUCUCGUACAGCGCCACUGCUAUGUGUAUUGAUAGCUGGACUUCUUUGGAAUCUGAGCAGAGGAAAGGUAUACCAGCUGCUUGCCUUGGUCAAUAGUAUCAACGCUUCCAUUACCAGUGAAGAUUACCAAAAACUGAAUACGAACCUGAUGGAUGUCAUCAGUACUAAUACUAUGUUCCAUGCGGCCUACCGCGAUGCAUCAGAUGAGCAGAGAGACCGCGUCAUAUCUCAAGGGAAGUCAUACGGCUUGACAGACGAUGAAGCCAUGGCCGUGAUGAUAUAUACCGACACUUCAGUGAAUGGCGAAUUCAACAUGAUUUUAAGAGAUGGUAUUCGACACAAGUAUGAUAUACCUCAACGAGUCCUUCAUUAUAAUCUCAUUAGUGCAUUAGAAAAGUUACUAGUGUUACAAAUACUCCCUCGUUUUUUGUACAGAGGUGAUCCUAAUUCCUAUCAGUCCUUAAGCCAAGGCGACAAAGUGCAGCUUGCUGGGUUUACUUCAGCCGUUAGUGGCCUGAAAGUAGCCAACAGAGUCCGCAAGAAUGGUCACACUUUGUUUGUGUUGAAGGGUGUUGUUUUCGGGGCAGCUAUCAAAAAGUUAUCUCUUUACCCGCAAGAAGCCGAGAUCCUAAUUCCUCCAUAUGAAACCUUUAGAAUUACCCGAGUUACCAAAGAUGAUAGAGGUCCGGUCAUUGAACUUACUAGCAUUGGAGAGACGUGUGUGAGAAAGAUACAAAAGACAGGAUGCCAGUGUUGUAGACAAUCAGAGGAAGAGAUUUUCAGUGUAGCGUCCCAGGACUGGGGAAUAUUUCUUGUGGGUGUGUUAUUGUUAAUAUUUACCGUAUACAUUACAUGUUGAUAUCGCUGAUGGUGUUACAGGUUGAGCGGCCAGAUCAUGUUAAUUUACACUUGCUUUUACGAUGGAAAUUAUAAUUAUUUUCCGUCAGCGAGAAUCUAAAAAACUAAUGUCGAAUAUAUUGAUUCAAACAUGCAGCACUUUGGUGGAAUAAGCCUGCCUUGUUAAAAUGCUACAUAGCGUUAAAAUCUGUAAUUAUAAUAACCAAAUCACUGUCUGUUACUACGGUAGAUUUCUUCUCGUCGGUCCUGUAUGAUAAAAGCGGACAAAAACAAUCUCCUUGUUGUAAAUGGAUCUUAUGAAUUAACCGUUCAUGUUACAUGCACCAACUGCAUAUCUUAUGCAGACGAAUUAAUUUAUAUGAUAAUGUUUCAUACAGACGGGCUUUUGACUUUAAUCGCAUCCGAAAAAGCGAGUCCGUUUGAGCCCUGCCGCACAUGUUUGUGUGUCUAUAUACAUGGUUUUGUCACUGUUAUUCCUUUACAUGUGCUUUAAAUCCUGAAGAGUAUCCUAAAAAGGUUUAUUAUUCAAUAAAAUAUACUUGUGUGAUUAUUUGUGAUACUUUUAGCUUCAUAAUUUGCUUCUUUCUUGAAAUAUUAAAUACAUUAGAAAU